AUGGCAUUCACAAUCACCGGGCUUGUUUCGUUAGUGGUGCUUUCCACCAUAAUGGCGAUUUUCACUUACAUUUUCGGGCUUCUUCCACUUCAUUUGAAAUCGUUUAAAAAAUCUUUGGAUCAAAGACAUGCCGAACGACAAGGCCAUUCUAAUACCACUACAGACUACGAUUCCUGGCUCGACAAAUUCUCCAAAUUGAGUAAUGGGGUUCUCAUUGGUACUUCGUUGGUAUUGGUGAUCCCAGAAGGUAUUAGCAGCAUGCAUUUGGGCAGCAACGGUGAUGACACCGAAGGUUUCACCAUGAAUAUCGCGGGAUUUGCCAUUCUUCUUGGGUUUGCGUUCAUGAUGGUCAUUGAAAAUAUCAAAGCGAUUCGUCUAAAAGACGUUGAUGAAAAUGGCAAUGUCAAUUACUACGAAGAUGUCACCGAUGAAUCGGCGUUGGAUGCAGAAACCUUGUCGAAGCUCCAAAACAUCACCAUCGGCAACUUCCAAGGGAAUGGCACCGCAGGAGGAGGGUUCUUGCCACUUUUCCUGCCCCAAGAAGCCAGAGUUUCAAAACUUAUAGGCUAUUUGCCAAACUUCAAACCUACUUGGGGGAAUUUUAAACUGGUCAUUGUCAAUGAAACUUUCCUCAUUGGCCUCUUGCUUCACUCGGUAUCUGACGGUAUCGCCUUUGGGUCCUCAUUGUUGACCGGCAGUAAUAAACUCAAGAUCGCGGUUUUUUCCUCAGUUAUAAUUCACAAAUUCCCAACUUCCUUUGCCAUGGCCUGUGUAUUGAUGACAAAAUACCGUCUCAAGUAUAACAACAACAACAACAACAACAACAACGAUGCUGCUGCUUCCUCUUCUUCUUUUUCUAGAGUCGAAUCCAAUAUCCAACAAAUUGUCAAAUUGGAAAUGUUUUUAUUCGCGGCCCUGGCCUCCGUGGCAGCUAUCGCCACAUAUGUGAUCAUCAACCUCUUUGUCGAUAAUAUUGGCUCGUUAUCUUCGGCGUUGCUAUUAUUCAGCGGUGGUAGUUUCUUAUACGUUGCAGUUCAUCUUCUCAAUAAUGAAGCUGAUCACAUAGAAGGAAUGUCUAGCCAUAAAAUCACCGUCAGAGAGAAAAAACAAAGCAUCAUUCUCAACUUUGUGGGAAUGUUGAUACCUUUUUGUUUUUCAUUUUUAGGUGAUGAGUAA